UCGAAGAUCUUCGUUAUCCGUCUCGCAUUUUAAGCACCGACGAGGAGAACGCACCCCCGGCUGGGCUGAGGUUCGUUGAUUCAGAACUAUCAAAAUGGAGCGAGGGAAGCAGGGAGGAGCGGUGCUGGCGAAGGUAUCGCCUCACCAGCUUCAGAAUCCCAUAGAGCUCCUCCAAACGCGCUUCAAAGAGGUGGAAAAUGGCUUCAAGCUGUGGCUCUCCAAGCAGUCUCUACCAGUCGAGGCUGCUGUGGUCACUGUUACCAGCGCUGCCCAAGGUGCUGCUAUUGGUGCUUUUAUGGGCACUCUGACUAACGAUGCUUCUUCCCCUUUCCCCACGCCGCCUGAGGCUUCUCUCAACCCUCAAGCCAUGGCCUCUCUUAAGCAAGCUCAGGCCCUUUCUGGGGGUCCUUUGGUACAAGCUCGAAACUUUGCUGUCAUGACAGGAGUGAAUGCUGGUAUAUCCUGCGUCUUGAAAAGAGUGAGGGGGAAGGAAGAUGUCCAGUCCAGCAUGGCAGCGGCUUUUGGGUCUGGGGCCAUGUUUUCAUUGGUAAGUGGAAUGGGUGGACCAAAUCAAGCAGCAAAUGCAGUCACUUCUGGACUUUUCUUUGCUCUUGUUCAAGGUGGACUCUUCCAGUUAGGACAAAAGUUCUCUCAACCACCAUCUGAAGAUAUUCGCUAUGCCAAAACGAGACACAUGUUGCACAACCUUGGCCUUCAGAGCUACGAGAAGAAUUUCAAGAGAGGCUUAUUGACAGACAACACUUUGCCUUUACUCACGGACAGUGCUCUCAGAGAUGUGAAAAUCCCUCCUGGACCUAGGCUUUUGAUUCUUGAUCACAUCCAGAGGGACCCAGAUCUGAGAGGGAAGCGAGUAAGCCGGAAUUAAAUUGGAUGAAGAGAGUUUGUUGCCACCGACCUUAUAGUACUGCUUAAAAUCCGUCGGAAAGGAUGUUAGCAAGAUUUUGUCUUAAAUAAGUUUUAUCAUUUUUGUUUAUCAUGCUCUAUAUUCCAAGGUUGCUGUUGCUGAAGCAAUUUUAAGAUAAUUUGGCAAACUCUUGAGCAUAGCUACGGCCAAAAAAAAAAAAAACUGGCAAUUUUUUUCUGAAUCAUAUAUAUAUAUAUAUAUAUAUAUUUUUCACAUUAGGAAGAUUUGAACUCUUAGACACUAUUUCCGGUCCAUCGUAUCUUAUCAUUUAGUUUUUUAGUAGAACUUAUCAUUCUGGUUUUGUGUGUGGUGUUUUUGUUGCCCGUAAGAAAACAAUGUUACGCUUUCGGUCGU